AUGGAAACAGUCACACCAACGACCACUCACACGAAAUCGUUAAAGCGUAAACUCGCCGAAAAGCUCCUCGCGAUUGCCUUCCUCCUCUUCCUCUUGCUCCUCGUAUUCACAUUCGUCGGGGAAAACGACGGGGAAAACACCUUUCUAUCUUCUUUCCAAAAGGAACACGCGAAACGUCACCGCGAGCGGCAACGGGCGAUCAAUCUCGCGCACCACGAGGACGAGGAGAAAACGUUUCACGAUAUUUUGAGUGGGGACGAGGAGAACGAGCGAGAAACGUUUAUUCGAGCACACGAUGAGGCGGUGAAAGUGCACUCUGAUGAUGAUGGUGAAAAUGAUGAUUCUUUCGAGGCUGAGGCUGAGGACGGCGGAUCGAGGACGAACAACAACAACGACGAGAACAGAUUUUCAAGUUCCAAACACCCGGACCUCUCGCAAACCAUAUACGAAAAGUUACAGCGCUACGAGCAUUCCGCUUCGGCCGCGUUGGUGCUCAAACAACAACUCGCGAGUGGGAAGAAAUGUCGCGAGAGCGAGUGCGCGAAAAUCGGCAAAGGCGGCGUGCCGUUGAAGGCGAUCAAUCGAGGGAAUCCGUUCGGAUCGUUAGCGCCGCUGUGUUUCCAGGAGAGCGUGUUGGACGCAAAAGCGACGGAGUUUGGGUUGUCCUGGGAUAAGAAAACGACGAAAGAUGAUUGGUUCGUGCACCGAAAGACGGCGAGCGAGGAUUCGAAAUUUAAGAUGGAGCUGUUACCGGAGAGCGCCAAGAGCGUGACGAAGAUUAUGAAUAGAGCGAGUAGUACUAGCAGUAGUGGUAGCAGUAGCAGUAGCACCUCCUCCUCCUCCUCCUCCUCGUCGUCGUCAUUUAAAACGUGCGCUCUGGUUGGGAAUUCGGCGAUUUUGAGUUCAGGCCCAGCGGCUGGGAAAUUCAUCGAUGCGCACGACGUCGUCUUUCGACUGAACCAAGCGCCGACGAAAAAAUAUGAGGACCGCGUCGGGAAGAAAACGACCGUGCGCAUCCUCAACAAAUCCUGGGUUUUAGGCUAUGGAGGCACGCUUCGUUUGGAACACGGCAACGUGAAAGACUCCGACCUCCCGAACGAAGACGGCGUCCUCUUCUUAGCCUCGCGAGGGAACUUCCAAGCCAUCACGAAGCUGAUGAACAAGUUCCGCUCCUCGAGCGCCGACGGCGACGAAAACAUCAAAGUCUUGCGCAUGAACUUCAAACUCUACGAUGUCAUCAGCGCGCAACUGAAGCGGUUCCGCUCGUGCCUGGCAUCGAAAAAACAAACCUUCACGGGUGGAUCGACGCCGUCUUCCGGAUUAAUGGCCUCGUUGCUCUUAGCCGGUCGAUGCGACGAGGUCAAUCUCUACGGAUUCGGCCCCGGAACCAUUCGAGGUAAAUACCAAUACUACACGUUAGCGGGAAGCGAACGCGCGCACGGAGAAUCCGUUCACGCGUUUGGGUUAGAGUUUGCGUUUUUAAAAGCCUUGGAUAAAAUCGGGUUGGUGAAAGUCUGUCGACCGCCCAUGGACGACGAGAGGUGUCGGAGAGGGUUCGCCUAA